UUCUUUCAGCGAGGUGCGCACCUCCUUUCCCUUAGCGGAUAUCCGCUUCCCCAUUUCCCCCAUCAUGGGGGAAACUCAUUCAGGCGGCGACAUGGACUCCACAGAGCUAGUCAACAAGAAUCCAAAUUCUAACCGAGAAACCAUCAAUUUUUUUAAUGACCAAGACUCCGGACCAUUCAUAGUCAACGUAGAACCAACAGAUCCUACUACAAACUCUACUAAUUCUAUUUCCCUGGGAUACAAGCUUUCUCUAUCUAUUAAAAAUAGAAUAAACAAAGUGGAAAGUAGAGGAAGAAAUAGGGUAGCCGUUUUCUUCAAAACUAAAAACUACGCAAAUGAAUUUCUUACCUCCGACUUUUUAGUCAACAACAAAUUGAAAGCAUACAUUCCCUCUCAUAUCAUAUCCUGUAAGGGAAUAAUUCGUGAUAUCGAUAGAACCAUCCUUGAGGAUGACAUACAAAAAAACAUGAUAUGCAGCGACAGUAGGGAAAUACUUAGAGCGGAGCGAAUCAAUAGGAGAAGCCACAACGAAGCAGGCGAGACAGUAUAUGUCCCUACUAACUCUCUCAUAAUAACAUUUAGAGGGAAACAACCCCCCGAGUCUGUGUCCAUCUACUUAAACUUCCGAAGACCAGAAACCUAUGUCCCCAGAGUCAUCCAAUGCUUUGGAUGCCUCAGGUACGGACACACGAAAAAGAUUUGUAAAUCUAAACUAGUACGUUGUCCAGCUUGCUCGGAAAACCACCAAAUAGAGUCCUGCCCCUCGAAAGACGACCCCACUUGCGCGUACUGCGAGGGCAAGCAUCUAACCAACGAAGCAAACGUCAGGUUAUCAGAGCGUAGAUGUCCCGAAUACUUAAAACAGAAACAGAUUAAAGAGGCCAUGGUCAGGCAUAACUACAGUUUCUUCGAAGCGAGGGAUCACCUAUAUCCAACACAACCCAGCUUCGAAUGGGAGAAAGAGUUUCCGCGACAUAACACCUACCAAGAAGACCCUCUUCCACUCAGACCGUCUGUGUUCACUAAAAAUACAUAUGCCUCGACCUUAGUAUCUCCCCCUAAAACCAAUAAAACUAAAAUAAUAUCUGUGCCGGCGCACAAGUACAGGACAUCAGAACAUAGCUAUGCGAAAACAAGUCCUUCGCCAAAAAGGAAGAAGCCGAGGACUAGGAAAUCACCAGACCUAGAAUACCGACCACCAAAACCCCUUUUAAAGAAUGAAGAUCCACCUAUCACCACCGACGAAGAAGCAGACGACGCAGCGAUAGCGUUCCUACAAAAGCUGGCACUCAGCGCUAGCCAAGGGCGCUUUGGAACGAAUAGUAGAAUAACCGCAGCCAUCCAGGAAAUAAUAAGAUUGUUAAGGGACCCUAAAGCAUACCAAAAUGGAUCAGAGACUAACAGUAGUUAGUUGGAACGU